AUGGCGUCGCGGGACAACAAGAAGGCAUCAAAGGCUUCGAGCAGCCGCGCAGGCAGAAUUCGCACCCUCUCCGAUCUGAACCGUCUUUCCGCCGAUUCCGACAGCGAUUCCGAUGGCCCUCAGGAGUACUACACCGGCGGCGAGAAGAGUGGAAUGCUUGUCCAGGAUCCAUCCAAGGGAAAUGACGUGGAUGCAAUUUUCAAUCAAGCUAGGCAACUGGGUGCCGUUGAAAGGCCUCUUGAUCAGCUUCAGGAGCCUCCAAGGUCAACUAGCUUUACUGGAACUGGCAGGUUACUCUCCGGGGAAACUGCACAGUCUACUAAUAAUCAGCAACCUGAGGCUGUUGUUCACAACAUUGUUUUCUGGAGUAAUGGUUUCACUGUAAAUGAUGGAGCUUUGAGAAGAUUGGACGAUCCUGAAAAUGCCUCAUUUUUAGAGAGCAUAAAAAAAUCGGAGUGUCCAAAAGAGCUUGAACCUGCAGAUAGGAGGUCAUCUGUUAAUGUUAACCUCAUAAGGAGGAAUGAGAACUAUCCUGAACCCGAAAAGCAGCAUGUUCCAUUUCAGGGAGUGGGAAGGACUCUUGGAAGCAGUUCUUCAUCAGUGGCUUCUGACCCAACUGCUGCCUUAACACCUCCAACCUCAGCACGACCUCCUUCUGCAGGCCUGGUUGUUGAUCAAUCACUGCCAUCUACCUCAAUACAAGUCAGGUUGGCUGAUGGAGCCCGCUUGAUAUCAAAUUUUAAUCAUCACCACACGGUCAGUGACAUCCGUGCCUUCAUUGAUGCAUCUAGACCUGAGGGUCGGCAGAAUUAUCAACUUCAGAUGAUGGGUUUUCCCCCAAAGGUUCUAACUGAUGAAACUCAGACCAUAGAACAGGCAGGACUGGCAAAUUCAGUUGUCAUACAGAAAUUCUAG